AUGCUUAAUUGGUUUGUACAUACUGUUAUAUUUGAGGCACGAGAUAUACUGAAGUCUUUCACCCCUCUUUUUGAUAGAGUUUUGGUGGAACGAUUUGCUCCAGAAGUGAAAACUAAGGGAGGUAUCUUGUUACCUGAGAAGUCGCAAGGUAAGGUACUCGAAGCUACUGUAAUUGCUGUUGGAUCUGGUGCUCGAAAUGAGAAGGGAGAAACAUUGCCAAUGAAUGUGAAGGUUGGUGAUCACGUAUUACUCCCGGAAUACGGCGGCACAAAGGUUAUUGUUGAAGAAAAAGAGUACCAUAUCUUCCGCGAGUCCGACAUUCUUGGCAAAUGGAAUUAG